AUGGAAAUCCAAAGAAACAUCUCAGAAUUCAUCCUCUUAGGACUUUCUGAUGACCAGAAUAUAGAAUUAUUUUGCUUUGCGCUCUUCUUACUCUGUUAUAUUGUCCUGAUGGUUGGAAACCUUCUGAUCCUGAUUUCUGUUCGAUGCAGCUCCCUUUUUAAUCAACCCAUGUACUAUUUCCUCCUGCAUUUGUCCUCAAUAGACAUCUGCUAUACCUCCACUGUAACACCCAAACUUAUUGCUGACCUGCUAGUGGAGAGAAAGGCCAUUUCCUAUAGUAACUGCAUGUUACAGGUCUUUACCAUGCACUUCUUUGGAGGCACUGAAAUCUUCAUCCUGACCGCCAUGGCCUAUGAUCGCUAUGUGGCCAUCUGCAAACCCCUUCACUACAUGCUCAUCAUGAAGAGGACAAGAUGCAACCUCCUAAUUUUAGCUGCCUGGACUGGUGGGGCCAUCCAUGCUCUCCCUCUGUUCACUACAGCAGUAAGUCUACCCUUCUGUGGACCUAAUGAAAUUGAUCAUUAUUUCUGUGAUAUCUUCCCUUUGUUGAAAGUUGCCUGUACAGACACCUACAUUACUGGAGUCCUUGUGAUAGCCUUUUCGGGUAUGGUUGCCUUAGUUACUUUUGUUGUCUUAUCCUUUUCUUACGGAAUUAUAUUAUUCACUUUAAGGAAUCAGUCAGCUGAGGGGAGACGCAAAGCUCUCUCUACCUGUUGGUCUCAUAUCACGGUGGUUGUCUUAUUUUUCGCACCUGUAAUCUUUAUCUACCUUAGACCUCCUACGACUUUCCCUGAGGAUAAAGUGUUUGCGCUGUUUUAUACCAUCAUUGCUCCUAUGUUCAAUCCCCUAAUCUACACUCUGAGAAAUGCUGAGAUGAAAAAUACCCUGAGGAAAGUUUGGUGUCACUCACUGCUUUCAAAAUAA